GCCAAGACUUGCAAGUUUCUGACCAACAAGCAGCAACGAUGAUGACGAUUGGGCUGUGGUUGGCGGUGACUGUGGCUGUGGUGGGUGCGCUGCAUGCACUCGUCAGCAGCAAGGUACCCGAGCCCUACAUGGAUGAGCAAUUCCACUGCCCACAGGCUCUUUUCUACUGUAAUGGGCAGUUUGACGUCUGGGAUCCCAUGAUUACCACGUUUCCGGGCACGUACCUACACAGCACAGCGAUGGCCAACCUUGUGACACGUGUCGCCAAGUGGCUGGGGGCAGAGUGGCUGUCCGACAUCAACUUCGUGUGUUCCCCUGUGGGGCUGCGGAUUAUCAACUCGCUCUUUACUCCAGCCAUCAUCUGGGUUGCUUUCCGAAUCAGACAGCGUCUUUACCCCAAAGAGAAUGCGUGGACGCAGGCGCUGAGCGCCACGUUGGUGGCGUGGAUGCCUGUGCUGUUCUUCUUCAAUGCGCUGUACUACACCGACCUGGGCUCUGUGUUCUAUGUGCUGCUGAGCUACCUGCUGCUGGCACUUUACUUUUAUAUCUGGAAGCGCCUGAUGAGCCACCAACAGAUACGUGGUCGCCUUCGCAUGGUGCUGUCGCCGCUGUUUGGAUUUGCACCGGCCAUCCUCACCGUCAUUCUCCCCGACUCCAAGAGCCACCUCCUCAACGUCCUCUUCUUCGCCGCCACCACCAUCGUGCUCGUCCCAGCACACCUGUUGGAGUUCCGGUACUUCUUGAUCCCGUAUGCUCUCUUCCGCGUGCGCAUGGUGCCCAGCAGCAAACGCGCGCUUCUCCUCGAAGGUGCUGCGUAUGUGCUUGUUAACGCCAUGGUGCUGUUCCUGUUCUUGGAGCGCCCCUUCCGCUGGCCCGACUCAGCUGACGAGCAGCGGUUCAUGUGGUGA